CCCACCCACGGACCCACCCCACCCCUUCUCUCUCUUCCUCCAAUGACCCACCUGUCAGCCCAGCCGGAGAACGCCGCCCACGUCCCCGGCGUGCCGCCGCCGUAAUUCUUCCUUCCUCCUCCACCCACCGCUGCACUGCACCUCCGCGCCUUGCCACCGAUGGACCCGGCGCCCGAUCCGCUCUCCAUCUCCGCCUCCGCCCCGUUCCCCACCAUCCCGGCUGCCUCAAGCACCAGGCCCCGCGCCGGGAGGACGACGCGGCGCCACGCCGCGCCCUUCCGGUCGGACCACCCCGCCGCCGCGAGCCGGCCGUGCUCCGGGAUCGAUCUCCCGCGCCGUCCUGCGGCCUCCGCCUUCUCCCAGCAGGAGGGCUCCCUUUCCGUGGGCUCCUGGGGCGCCUCUCGCGACGCCACCUUUGUGUUCGGGAGUGGCGUGGUGGCCGGGGCGCCGGAGAUGAGGAGGUGCUUCUCGUCCGGAUCCGGUGAGGCAUCGUUGGCUGAACUUCCCGACGCAGUUCACAGGCUCUCGUUGGAUGGUUAUGGCAGGCGAAGCGACAUUGAUGCUAGUCCCGGAGGAGAAGAUACGCUUCCAGUGACGGACUCCGGUGAUCGCUUUGGGGCCCGUGGAUGUAUUUUCACUUUGGAUGAGGGUUCCUGUCUGGAUUCUAUGCAGCAUCAGACUGAGCAGCUCGAUGAAGGACGUGGAGUCCCGUCUCAAACCAUGCAAUGCGAGAGUGUGGGGAUGCGAUCAUUAGCUUCACUAACCUGCACCGAUGAGAAUGCUCCCAUUGAAUUUUCAAGGAGUGGAGACAGCUUGCCCAUUCUAGAUUCUGUGGAUCGAAGUGAAAGUUCUGGACAUGGUGGUAAUGCUCAUCAUGAUUUCUUUGUUUUUGGUGGUCAUGCUGGGUACCGUAGCUUGGCUACCAAUGCAACUGAAACUAAUAUCAAUGAGGAUGCAAAGCACGCGUUUGGUUCAAGUGAUAAUGAUCUUCCACACUCGGAACCUUGUGAAAUUCGUACCAUGAUGAAAACAUCAGAUACUGUAACCUCUAGCUUUGGAUCUGAAGACGGGAUUGUGAAAGAUUCUUCCAUAAAGGUGCCUUGUGAUAUUGAAGCAGUAGCAGCCUCAGAACUUGUUCAAUGUCGGCCAUUUGACGAGAGAUCUUUCACUUUUGACGACCACAAUGUAGCAUCUAGGAACAAAGGAGGGGUUAAGGGUAUGAGCACGAACAGAAGAGUUUUUAUGCCAAAGAAGUCCUCAGCCAACCAGGUUUCUUCCUUGAAAUCAGUCUCAAGAAGAAGUGGCCAUUGUUCUCGAGAAGUGUUUCCUGAAGAAAAGUUAAAUUUGAAAGAAGCCAGUAGCUUGGUAUUAGAGGACUCUGGUAUCAACUGUGCCCAAGCCGAUUCUAACAACUCUUUGCGAACAACAGAAAGUGGGCAUGCUGAAACAGAGUUUAUCUCUGCAGCAAACACGGAGCAUUCUGGCAAACCUGAUUUCAUAUUUUCUGCAUCAACUUUCAAUGAAAGCAUGUUGCACUCACAAAGACGACAUAACAAGAAAAAAAGUGGAGGAAUGGGUAAUCAUGCUAACUCUAUUCAAAGCCUCCCUUCAUCUGCCAUUGGACUUGCAUGCUCAGAAGUCUCGGGAAGUCAGCAGUGUGUGGAUUUAGCUGCCCAGUGGACUGAAUACAGCAAAAUAGAACCUAACAGGGUUAUAAUCAGCAGAGGAGCCGAAUGCUCAACAUCAGAAAACUUUGGAGACCAUGACAAUUGUGAAACAUGGCGAUUAAGGGGAAACCAAGCAUAUGCAGAAGGACUGUUAACUAAGGCUGAAGAAUGCUAUACUCAUGGGAUUGAUUCUUUUUCUCCAAAUGAAGUUUCAAGAAAAGCAUUAAUGCUGUGUUACAGCAAUCGAGCAGCUACUCGGAUGUCUCUGGGUAAGAUGAGAGAGGCCCUAUCUGAUUGUCGAGCAGCUAUUGAUAUUGAUUCCAGCUUUCUCAAGGCACAAGCCAGAGCUGCCAACUGCCUGCUUGCCCUGGGGGAUGUUGAAGAAGCACAAAAGGCUUUUGAGAUGUGUUUGAAGUCAAAUCAUCUGUCAAGCUUGGACCAUAAAAUUGCAGAAGAGGCUUCUGACGGUCUUCUAAAAGCUAAGAAAAUAUCUGGUUUAAUUAUUGAAUCCAAGGAGUAUCUUAUAAAUAAGGCAUUUGACAAGAUACCCAGUGCCUUACAAAUGAUCUCUGAUGCUUUGUCCAUAAGUAUUUAUUCAGAUAAGUUCAUGGCGAUGAAAGCAGAAGCGCUGUUACUGUUGCAGCGAUAUGAAGAAGUAAUUCGGUUUUGCGAAGAAACUUUUUAUGUAGCAGAAAGGAAUAGUGUGUGUUUGUGUCUUGAUAAGCAUUCAGAAAGCAAUAACUUGGACAACAAUACUUGCUCUGUGAAGUUGUGGCGUUAUCAUCUUAUUGCUAAGUCAUAUUUCUUCCUUGGAAAGCUUGAAGAGGCUAACCAGUUCUUAAAGAAGAAUGAUCAAAUAAAAGUCAUGGGAUGCAGGUGUGGGAAGCAAUCUCAGGACUCAAUUUUAUCAUUCUCCAUGGUUAUCUCUGAACUACUGCGGCUUAAAGCUGCUGGCAAUGAAGCAUUCCAAUCUGGUAAAUAUCUGGAGGCUGUGGAACAUUAUACUGCUGCUUUGAUGAGCAAUAGUGAGUCACUACGCUAUUUAGCAGUCUGCUUUUGUAACCGUGCAGCAGCAUAUCAAGCAAUGGGUCAAAUUUUAGAUGCAAUUGCAGAUUGCUCACUGGCUAUAGCCCUUGAUGCAGAUUAUGCUAAGGCUAUUUCCAGAAGAUCUAGUUUGUAUGAACUUAUAAGGGACUAUGGUCAGGCAGCAAAUGAUCUCUGUAGGUUAAUUGCUCUUCUUGAGAAACAACUGCAAGAAAAUAUGACCAUGCCACUAGAGAAGACUGAGAGUAUUCGUAACAAUCUGAAUCGAGCCAAUCUUCGGUUUUCUUCUCUGGAGCAGGAUGCCAGAAAAGGGGCUUCAUUAAAUAUGUAUUUGAUAUUAGGAAUCGAGCCUUCUUCCUCUGCUGUGGAUAUAAAGAAGGCAUACCGCAAAGCAGCACUAAGACAUCAUCCAGACAAAGCCAGUACAUUUCUUGUCAGGAGUGAAAAUAUCAGCGAUGCUGUAUGGAGAGAUAUAACAAAUGAAAUCCGCAGGGAUGCUGAUUAUUUAUUCAAAAUAAUCGGAAAGGCAUAUGCUAUGCUUUCAGACCCUACAACGAGAAGGGAAUGAUAAACCUGGGAAGUGGAGUGAUAGAAAAGCAGUGCACAUGUAACAUGAGCAGCGGGAGCAAUGAAAAUGAUGACAGGACCUCUUAGUGAGAGCAUUUAAUCAUGAAGUGGUCAGCACACAGCUACCAUACUGGAGAGGUCCUACGUGAAUAUUUUUUGUGUUCUCACCAAGGAUAAGAUGCCACCGGUGUCGUCCUUAGGUGAAUGCCAGUCGGAACAUGUCUCAGAAAUUCCACUCUACUGACUGAAUGCUAAUACCAUUACCCCGAGGAGCAGUUGAUCUUUGUGUUCAUGCUUGAUCACUGUUUGGUGUUCUCUGAUGUUCCAUUUUGAUAUGCAGACUGCAGAUUACAUGAGCAUCAGCACCCGUGCAAAAGGCUAGGUGUUGUUUGUAAAGCUGAUGUCAAUAUAUCUGAUGUUGUGCAUAGUAUAUUGGAGUAGUCCGAGUGGAAACAACACGAGUGAAUAGUGUGUAAAUAGAGGUAUACGUUUCUUGUACACCCCUUCACCCCACAUUUGCAGAGCAUGGUAGAAAGAAGCAUGCUUUGUCCUUUUUGAAAUACUUAUAUCACCUCAUAAGUGGUGGAAGCAAAUGUUUUGUGGUAUGUUGUUUGUACAUUAUAGUUUGUAUAGGAAGCAACAGGAAUUGUUUUUUACCUCCCUUUUCUUCUUCCUGCUGACUUCAAAAUUGUGUAUGUAUCUUUGGAAUUUGUGUAAUUCUGAAGCAAAGAGAAGGUUGAUUGAUUCGUUCGUUGUAAGUAAUAACAAAUGAAAUUGCAUGAA